AAUAGUUACAAGUACUCAAUUUAAAAGAAGAAGAAACGGAUUAUGUGUAGACGUCAAUGUCAAAUUGUCAAAGUAUGAAAUUGUUUUCGUACGGGAAUUUGGUGCACGUUUCAGGCCAGAUUUUUCUAUUUUCUAAAAUAUAAGUGGCACAAAAAAGGAAAAAUGCCUCCCAAACCUAAACCCGGAGCUGCAAGUAAAAAAACCGAACAGAAAAAGAAGGAGAAAGUUAUUGAGGACAAAACGUUCGGAUUAAAAAACAAAAAGGGAUCCAAACAACAAAAAUUCAUUCAACAAGUCGAGAAACAAGUUAAAUCUGGAGGAGUUCACCCAGUAAAGGAUGAUGCAAAGAAAUUAGAAAAAGAAAAGAAAUUGAAAGAGCAGAAAGAACUAGCUUCACUAUUCAAACCAGUGCAAAUCCAGAAAAUUGAGAAAGGAGCGGAUCCCAAGUCAAUAGUGUGUGCUUUUUUCAAACAAGGGCAAUGUGGCAAAGGGAACAAAUGUAAAUUUUCGCAUGACUUAACUAUAGAAAGGAAAGCAGAGAAGCGAUCAUUGUAUGUUGAUAUGAGAGAUGAUGGUGAAGAAGACACAAUGGAAAAUUGGGAUGAGGCUAAACUUCAAGAAGUAAUUGAGAAAAAACAUGGAGGGUCAAUGAAAAUGCCUACUACUGAAAUUAUUUGCAAGCAUUUUUUGGAGGCUGUAGAGAAAUCAAAAUAUGGAUGGUUCUGGCAAUGUCCUGCUGGAGAAAAUUGCAUCUACAGGCAUGCUCUCCCACCAGGAUUUGUUCUCAAAAAAGAUAAGAAAAAAAUGGAGGACAGAGCUAAAGAAAUAACCUUAGAAGAUCUUAUAGAAAAAGAAAGAGCUGCUCUGGGUCCCAAACAAACUAAAAUCACCCUAGAAACAUUUUUGGCAUGGAAAAAACGGAAAAUUCAAGAGAAAAAGGAUAAUGCCAAGAAGGAGGAGGACAAGAAACGAAAUGAAUACAAAGCAGGUCGGCAAAUUGGUUUGUCUGGAAGGGAAAUGUUCAGUUUUAACCCUGAGCUUGCCUAUGACAAUGACAUGGACGAUGGUGAUGAUAUAUUUGAUUCUUCUGCUUUUGCUAAAGAUGAUAGUGACGAAGAAGAGAAGGAGGUGGUUUAUAAAGAAAUUAAUUUAGAUAUACUGGACAAUGAUGCACAAGAGGUUGAUGGAACGGGCACCGUAGCUACCGAUGACAGGUUUAAAGAGGUAGAGGAAUCCACUAGCGAGAACACGAAAGCGGCAGAGGGCGCGACCGCGGUACCCAUCAACGAAAACCUUUUCCUCGAAGAAGAUCUGGAUGGAUUGGAUGAAGAAUUAGAUGGAUUGGAUCUGGAGGAAUGAAAAUAAGGGUUACCUUUUUCGACCCUAUCGGAUUUAGUUUAUUAAUAUUAAUUCAUGUACUAAAGCUGUAAAUAUAAUUAAUUUCAUCAA